AUAAACUGUGCCCCUAUAGCUGUCAGGGUUCGGUUGUAAGCAAGUGAUCAAGUAGGCUAUGGGAGCUAUCUCGGCCGGCAGAGAAGAGCUCCCUCCGGCAGUGAUCAUCGUCAUCAGGAUCCCCGCAGGUCUCGGUUGGGACCCGCAUCUGUACAUAAGGCAAUCAGGGUACAGCAAACAAACAUUCUACAUGCCAUCUGCUUCUUCCUCUUCCUGAAGUUAUCUCGACUUUGGGAAAACACAUGCAAGCUGCUUAACGUGGCUUCGGCUGAGACUUGGCCUUCGGCACUUACACGGCCUAUUGCCCAACAAGAGAGCAGCUACCUGGUUUAGACCAUCGACGCCACAAGAUUCCGCUGAGACCUGAAGCAACACCAACUGGCACACCUGGGUCGGUCUUGUGGUGCCCUGCACCGUGCCAUCAUCCCGUGCUACCAAGUCUUGAUUGGAUGCGGGAGCUCCAUCCGGGCGCGGGCUGUGUGGCAGAAUACCCGUUCGCGGUACACCGAUUGAAUGCAUGAACUGGAAGACCAGCCCUUGAAUGCCCAUUUCUGAUUUAUAUAAACAUCAUCCAAAGCCUGCUGCUCCCUCUGUUCUCCAGCCUUGGCCUGCCCUGCCCUGUCCCUGCUUUCACCCGCCUGCCCUUGGUUUGCCUUGGGGUUGAAAACACCACAGGCAGCUUCAAGGUCACCUUCUCUGCUUUUCCCCCCCAAAUAUUCCCGACCUCUGCGGUAUUCCCACCUCAAAUACAACCCAGCAUGUUUUCUCGUUUGCCGUCGCUCGUGACGGCUCUGUGCUUUCUAUACCCCCUCUUCCUCAACCCUGUAGCAGCUGUAUGGCCUGCCCCUCAAAAAUUCACCAAAGGAGAUGGCGUCCAGUUUCUGAAUCAGAACAUUGAAGUCACAUACAACGGUGCAUUUGUACGCUGGUCUUCCUCUUCCAUUCCUUCCUCUGAGCCACAGCCCCAUGAAUACCCUGCACACUGCUCGGAUGACGUGAAUGAUGAUGGCCAAGAGGAGGAAGUAUUAACUGAAAACCUCGCCUUCCAACAGAUCCCCUACACUUACGGCUACACGCCCUCCGGCUUCACCAGCAAGGAAAUAGUCCAAGCCGGCGUCUCCAGAGCCCUCACCGGGAUAUUCAACAGCAAGUUUGUCCCCUGGAUCCUCCACAAGCCAAACACGAAGUACGAACCCGACCUCGACAAAUUAGAAUGGCUCCAAACUCUCGAAAUCAUCCAGACAGCCUCGGACGAGCGCUCCGCCUUCAAGCCACUAGCAGGCGAAGUCGACGAGUCCUACAACCUGACCCUAAGCACAUCCGGCCACGCCAAACUCACAGCCGUCUCCUCAAUCGGCAUCCUCCGCGGCCUGGAAACCUUUUCCCAGCUCUUCUACCAGCACUCGUCAGGCACAUUCUGGUACACCCCCUACGCCCCCGUCUCAAUAACCGACUCCCCCAAGUUCCCCCACCGGGGCAUCCUCCUCGACACGGCCCGCCAUUUUUUCCCAGUGGAGGACAUCCUCAGGACAAUCGACGCCAUGGCCUGGAGUAAACUCAACCGCCUCCACAUCCACGUCACAGACUCCCAAUCCUGGCCUCUUGUCAUCCCAUCAAUGCCAGAACUUUCCGAGAAAGGCGCACACCACCCCAGCGAGACUUACUCCCCUUCCGACGUGGAAUCAAUCCAGAAAUACGGCGCCGUCCGCGGGGUGGAGGUCUAUUUCGAGAUUGACAUGCCGGGGCAUAUUGGUUCCGUCUCGCUGUCGCAUCCGGAGCUGAUUGUCGCGUAUAAUGAGCAGCCGUAUCACUGGUGGUGCGCCCAGCCGCCGUGCGGGGCGUUCAAGCUCAACAACACGGCUGUUGACGAGUUUUUGGGGAGGUUGUUUGAUGAUCUUUUGCCCAGGGUGGAGAGGUACGCGGCUUACUUUCACACGGGGGGGGAUGAGUUGAAUAGGAAUGAUUCUAUGCUUGAUGAGGGGAUUAGGUCGAACAGUUCGGAGGUUUUGCAGCCGUUACUGCAAAAGUUUAUUGAUAAGCAGCAUGAGAGGGUUAGGGAAAAGGGGCUGACGCCGGUGGUGUGGGAGGAGAUUCCUUUGGAGUGGAAUGUUACACUUGGAGAAGGGACGGUGGUGCAGAGCUGGCUUGGGGCGGGGGCGGUGAAGGAGUUGGUUGGGAUGGGGCAUAGGGUUAUUGAUAGUAAUUAUAAUUUUUGGUAUCUCGACUGUGGAAGGGGGCAGUGGAUCACCUGGGAGAAUGGGCUGCCUUUCAAGACGGGGUAUCCAUUUAAUGACUGGUGUGGACCGACAAAGUCUUGGGGGCUGAUUUACUCUCAUGAUCCUACUGCCAACCUUACUGAGGAGGAGGCGAAGCUUGUGCUUGGGGGGGAGGUGGCGGUUUGGAGUGAGACGAUUGAUCCGAUGAAUCUGGAUGGUAUUGUCUGGCCUAGGGCGAGCGUGGCAGGGGAGGUGCUUUGGUCCGGGAGGGUUGAUGAUAAUACCGGGCAGAACAGGAGCCAGAUUGAGGCUUUUCCUAGACUUACUGAGUUUAGGGAGAGAUUGGUCAGGAGGGGGGUGAGGGCGAGUCCGAUUUCGCAGGAGUUUUGCGUGCAGGGUGAGCCGUGGGAGUGUGAGUUUGCUAUGUGAGGCUGAGGUGAGGUGUGUCUGUUAGGGGGUUUCGAGUUUAGUGCGGUUGGAGUUAUGUUUGGUGCUGUGGUGGUGGUGGUGGUGGUGGUGGUGGUGUUAGUCGGGACAGAUCCGUAUAAGUCGGGAUUGUUCCGCAAGUUCCAUCUCGGCCAUAUGGGAUGAUCUUGGCCGGGAAGUAGUGUAUAUACUUUACUAUUGCGAGUAUUGUUAUGUAAAUGGGAACCGUGCUGUCAAGGUGUCAAGAAGUAACGACUGCGCGGAACGGAAGUCGAGGGGCGUCCUUGCGUCUUUCGAGGGUGUUAGUUGUUACUGGCGUGGAAUAAAGGUCCAAGAUAAGAUCCCUUCAGACUUCUCUGCGUAGUACAACUCAACCUUCCAAGACGGACUACGGUUCAGCUUGCAGGCUCAACCCCGAGGGAUCGUCUGUUUGUUUGCCCAGCUGGAUAGCUGCAGCUAGUUUACAAGUAUAAAAUCAUCAUCUGACGC